AUGGGAAGUAAACUGUCGCCGUUGUUAGCAAACCUCUUUAUGAGCGAUUUUGAAGACGACGCUCAGAAAGAAAAAUAUUUCCCACGUGUAUGGAAGCGCUAUGUAGACGACAUUUUCGCUCCGGUAAAAGAACGCUACCUGGACCAAACUUUGGAAAUGCUCAACUCUCGGCACAGCUCUAUAAAAUUCACAGUAGAGCGAGAGGAGAAUGGAAAGCUACCGUUUCUGGACCUAUUAAUAACCAGAAAAGAGGAUAGAACAUUGAAAUUCGGUAUCUACCGUAAACCGACAUCAACUGAUCGCUAUAUAACAUCGGAUUCGAACCACUUUGGCUGUCAAAAGCAGGCGGCCUUCCAUUCAAUGGCCCAUCGCCUGUAUAAUAUACCGAUGGAAAACGCAGAGUUUGCCGAAGAAAAAGAGCAUAUUCACAAAGCGGCCGAAGUAAAUGGCUACGAAGAAGGAUUCGUGAAUAAAAUCCUACAAACACACCGACGCAAACGACAUAGACGAAUGUCAACAACGCUGCAACCAGAACGAGAAGAAACCAAAAGAGUCAGCCUGCCGUUCUACCCAAAGAUUACCAACCCGAUCAAAGCAACACUGAAACGGCAAGGGCUUCAGGUUGUACAUAAAAGUGAAAACACAUUACGUGAUUCACUGUGCAAUUUGAAGGACAAGGUUCCUCCAGAUGAGAAUUCAGGCAUUUAUAGGAUACCUUGCCAAAAUUGCCCUUCAGUUUACAUUGGACAAACUCGCCGUAAGGUUAAAGUGCGCUUGAAAGAACACAAAGCUGCCGUCGAUAACGGAAAAAUAAGCGAAUCAAGUGUAGCCGCCCAUGCAAUCAGUUGUGACCACGUGAUCAAUUGGAAAGAAGCGAAAUUAAUUAAAAACGUUAGGAAAGCAUCUCAAUUGAAUGCAUGGGAGUCGUACUUCAUUAGCAAUUCACAGGAACGAUUAAUGAACGAAGACGAUCCCCCUGUUACAUCCUGCUUAUUCGGACUGACGAAACUGAGAGUGCAGUAA